CAAUCAGUCAUCCGCUCGGUCCACAAGUCUUCCGACAAUUAGCCGUUCCUGGCUCCUCCGAGUCCCCAAGAGUCAGACUCGGGAUCAUCAACAAGCGUCACUCCAUUCUCUCCCACCCUCAGCUAGCAUGGCUCUCAGCAGGCUGUUCCUCGCGUGCAUCCUCCUCCUCGCAGCCUCCUCCGCCUUGGCGCAGCGUGGUCCGCCUGGCGGAAGCCGUCCCGGAGGUCAGGGGCCCGGGGGCGCGCGCGGAGGGCCCGGCGGCGCACCUGGAGGACCUGGCGGGCCCUCAGGGACGCCUGGUGGUGAGCCGCGUGGGCCCCCACUUAAUCUGACGGUGGUCGGGAACCUGACGGCUGAUGUUGGCGCGCGAUUGGCCAACUGCUCCGCAGACCAGAAGGUCCUUGAUGGCCGCUUUCACCUCGCCAUUUUCAAGAACGCCAGCGGAAACUACAACCUCCUCGUCGAUGCUCUGCUAGUCGACGCCGCGGGCAGCCCGCCCAACUCGCUCGCGAUCGUGCAAGGCGCAGUCUGCGACUCCGCCGCUUCCACCGCUCUCGCGCUCCCCUUCUCCGCCGCUGACUGGCAGCAGCGCGCGGGCUGGUGGCUGCUGCACGCGGAAGCGCGCCUCGACGCGUUUCUCGAGAAUGCGGACGCCGCCACCGUCGAGGCGCUCCUCACCGUUCUCCCCAACGCGACGGUUCCGCGAGGUGGCGGGCGCGGCGGCGGCGGAAGCAGCACGGGAGGUGCGGGAAAGGCGCAGGGCGGAAGGCGCAUGGGGCUGGGUGUGGGCAGGUUGCUGCUGCGCGCGCUGGGCCCCGCCAAGCAGGGGGGUGCACAGCAGGGGGGGCAGCAACAGCAGCCACCUGCAGGUGGAAUGUCAGGUGGUUUCCAAGGUGCAGGGGCGAGCAGCGGAGUGAACAGCACAGUGACCGGAUACGCCGUGCUGGCUGGUAGCAGCGCAUCAGAGGCGACCUGGGGUGGACAGCUCAUGGGGGUCAAAAUGCCCGCUGCUGCCGCUGCUUGAUUUCUCACUGCGAGCUUUUGAGAAUGGCCUUACCGACUGAUAGCUUUCAUAUCGGUACGGGCUUGGCCGGUGUCCGUGGGGCAGCCUUAGUGUCAUGGUGUUGGAGCCAUUGGUUUUAGGGUUUCUGAUUAGAGGCAGGAAUGCUGGCAAGCUACAACCGUGCCUUGCCAGUCUUCCUACCCCUGAAUUUGUCUGUUCAUGCAGAUGCGUGUUUUGCUACUUUAUAGUCGUUUUAUCUUCAUGUGCCCGUA